AUGCGCACCACCACUUUCGUUGCUGCUACUGCGGCAUACGCAUCUGCUGCUUCCGCCCACCCAUACCUUUACACUAGACAGGCCAAUGUCACAGCACAAUGGGGAUCCUGGGUUGUGACCAGCCCCAGCUCCAACUACCCACCGUCGGGAAGCCACAAGUCUCUGGACUUCCUCGUACGGUACGAGUCUCAGGCGGAUACCGUCCAUUGCGGUGCCUACUUCCCAGGCACCGCAAAGGGAAUCGGGCCGAACCAAACCUACACUCCCUGCGAUGACGAGGCCGUGUCUUUCACUUCAGAUCUGUCAAUUGGCAAUGUCUGGAUAACCCAGAAGCUUUACCAGAGGAGCGCCAUCGUGAUGUUGAAAGGGAGCGCCCCACUCCACUUGUACGGAGGCAACUGCACCACCGAUGCGGUCGGCGGUGGUACCUGCUCGAGCCCUCCUUUCAAGAUCCCGGUCACGUCCGUCAGCAUCCAGCUUGCGAACGGCACUGUCGUCGGCGACGACAGUACUUCACCGGGCAACGGUGUCCAAGGAGAUGAUGCAGCCGGCGGAUCAAGUGAAGAGGGUAGCCAGGACAGUGGCUCUUCCCAGGACGACGGUAGUCUUACGGAUGAUUACAGUGGUUCUGGCACCGCCGGUUCAUCCGAAGACACCACCACCUCCGGAGACGAUGGGUCGUCCGACCAAGGCUCCUCCUACGGUGAUGGCGGUCCCUAUGGCAACACCACUGUUCUGAACGAUGGCCAUGGCUCCAGAAACACCACAUGGCACGGAAGUCACAGCAACGACACACGCCAUGGACACUAUGCUUGA